GAGGAGGCGGAGGGAGGAGGCUACUGCAGGCCCCGCAUACACCGGAGGAUACGGAGGGAAAACCGGAACCCUGGAUUAACCCCUUAGGUUAGGAGCGCGGGGAGAACAAGGCGGUCUCCGCUAACUCCCCGGGCGGCGCUAUGAAGGUGACGGUGAGCUUCGGUAGGACCCGGGUAGUGGUGCCCUGUGGGGACGGGAACUUGAAAGUUUCAAGCCUCAUCCAGCAAGCGGUGACCAGGUACAAGAAGGCCAUAGCCAAGGACCAUAAUUACUGGAUACAAGUUCACCGACUAGAGCAUGGGGAUGGUGGCAUUUUGGACCUUGAUGACAUUCUUUGUGACGUGGCUGAUGACAAGGACAGACUUGUCGCUAUAUAUGAAGAACAAGAUCCACAUCAUGGGGGAGAUGGCACAAGCGCAAGUUCUACUGGCACUCAAAGCCCGGAAAUCUUUGGCAGUGAACUUGGAACGAACAGCAUGUCAGCUUUCCAGCCUUACCAAGCAACAAGUGAAAUUGAGGUCACCCCUUCAGUCCUGCGAGCAAAUAUGCCGCUCCACGUGCGACGUAGCAGUGACCCAGCUCUCGCCGGGAUAACCACUUCUGUUAGCGACUCCAACUUCUCUUCUGAAGAGCCGUCCCGUAGAAAUCCAACUAGAUGGUCUACGACUGCAGGGUUCACAAAGAAAAACCCUCAUACGGGCCACAGCUCCAAUGACAGAAAGAAGGAUGAGAACUACAGGAGUCUGCCCAGGGAUACCAGUAAUUGGUCUAAACAGUUUGAAAGAGAUAAAGCUCGCUCUUCCUUGAGUGCCAGUCACCCUCUGGUGGACAAGUGGCUAGAGAGGCAGGAGCAGGAUGAGGAUGAUGGAGAGGAGAACAGUCGGGUGGAACCUGUUGGUCAUGCAGACACCGGCUUGGAACGAACCUCCAGCUUCUCCCUUGAUGACAUGGUGAAGCUGGUGGAAGUCUCCAAUGAUGGCGGACCUCUAGGGAUCCAUGUAGUGCCUUACAGCGCCCGAGGCGGAAGAACCCUUGGAUUAUUAGUAAAGAGACUGGAGAAAGGAGGUAAAGCUGAACGGGAGAAUCUGUUCCACGAAAAUGAUUGUAUCGUCAGAAUUAACAAUGGUGACCUCCGCAACCGAAGAUUUGAACAAGCUCAGCAUAUGUUCCGUCAAGCCAUGCGCUCUCCCAUGAUCUGGUUUCAUGUGGUGCCAGCAGUUAACAAAGAACCAUAUGAACAACUAUCCCAAAGCGAGAACAACAGCUACUAUUCCACCCAACAUGUGCCCGAUCCAUACAUUGAGAAUAGGAAUUUCCACAGCCCUGGUCCCGAGCAGACACUACAGAGAAUACCCCGUCAAGCAAACCAGACAGAGCCUUUGGACUCUUACCCACAUCUACCUCAUAGUAUCAGUACAGCAGGAAAACCACCAACCGGCCUAACGCCAUCACCGCAGCGAGGUGUCAGCUCUCCAACCAGCGCUUAUGGUACCAAAAAAGGAAAAAAGCUAUACAUACAGCUGAAAAAAGGGGCUGAAGGCUUGGGGUUCAGCAUUACAUCAAGAGAUGUUCCUCUUGGGGGUUCAGCUCCAAUCUAUGUCAAGAACAUCCUGCCGAGAGGAGCAGCAAUCCAAGAUGGCAGAUUGAAAGCUGCAGAUAGACUGUUAGAGGUGAAUGGUGUAGACUUGACCGGAAAGACCCAAGAAGAAGUUGUAUCAUUACUGAGAAGCACGAAAAUGGGAGGCUGUGUGAAUCUCCUAGUCCUCCGACAAGAUGAAAGUUUCCAACCACGCGAGCUGACUGCUGAAUCAAAUCCUGUCCCGACGAAUACAAGAGAACCGAAACCAGAAGAAGACGAUCUUGUUCUCACGCCUGAUGGAACGAGAGAAUUCCUAACAUUUGAAAUUCCACUGAAUGAUUCCGGAUCCGCAGGUCUCGGUGUUAGCGUGAAGGGCAACCGAUCAAAAGAGAACCAUGCCGACCUGGGCAUUUUUGUAAAGGCGAUCAUCAAUGGUGGAGCAGCGUCCAAAGAUGGAAGGCUUCACGUAAAUGACCAGCUUGUCGCUGUCAAUGGUGAAUCCCUACUGGGCAAAACAAAUCAAGAUGCCAUGGAGACUCUGCGGAAAUCUAUGUCAACAGAAGGGAAUAAACGAGGAAUGAUUCAGCUCAUCGUAGCCAGGAGAAUAAAGAGGAACGAGUUGGAGUCACCUGGAAGCCCCUCGGGGCCUGAAUUGCCCAUUGAGACAAUGCUGGACGACAGGGAACGAAGAAUUUCCCACUCUCUGUACAGCGGCAUUGAAGGAUUUGACGAAUCGCCCACAAGGAAUGCUGCAUUAAGUAGGAUAAUGGGUAAAUACCAGCUAUCCCCAACAGUGAACAUGCCUCACGAUGACACUGUGAUCAUUGAAGAUGACAGGGCCCUACCGCUGCCGCCUCAGCUCUCCGACCAAUCGUCUUCCAGCUCUCACGAUGAUGUAGGGUGCAUUACGGACUCUGCUGGCGCCUGGGCCAAAACCGUAGCUAGUGAAUCUACGGAGAGCAGCACUCUGAGCCCAGAUGUAGAUCCGUCCCUUGCCUUCCAGAGAGAAGGAUUUGGACGCCAGAGCAUGUCGGAAAAGCGCACCAAGCAAUUUGGAGACGCCAGUCAAAUGGACUUUGUUAAAACCCGGAAAUCAAAAAGCAUGGAUUUAGGUAAAAAAUUAGCUGACGAGACUAAGAUCAGUGCAAUGGCUGACCACACCGCAGGUUCCCCCAGCAGAGAUGUGGGGCCUUCAUUAGGCCUGAAGAAAUCCAGCUCAUUAGAAAGCCUGCAGACAGCUGUGGCUGAGGUGACUUUGAAUGGUGACAUUCCUUUCCAUCGCCCACGCCCACGGAUCAUUCGAGGACGAGGCUGCAAUGAGAGCUUCCGAGCCGCUAUUGACAAGUCCUACGACAAGCCACCCGUCGAUGAUGAUGAUGAAGGAAUGGAGACAUUGGAGGAGGACACAGAAGAGAGCUCCAGAUCAGGACGGGAGUCGGUGUCUACUGCCAGUGACCAGCCUUCCCAUUCUCUUGAGAGGCAAAUCAAUGGUUCAGACAAGUCUGAUCGCAAAAAGGACAAGAGUUCGAAGGAAAAGAAAAAAGACAGAGAUAAAGAUAAAGGCAAAGCGAAGAAAGGCGGAAUGCUGAAGGGCCUGGGAGACAUGUUCAGGUUUGGCAAACAUCGAAAAGAUGACAAGAUUGAACACAGGGGAUCAUGGAAAACGAAAAUGCAAGAAGCCCACCCUUCAGAAGAUGACAGGAUGCGAAUGAGGCAAGAACAGGAGAGGAUUCAGGCAAAGACACGCGAGCUUCGCGAAAGACAAGCCAGAGAAAAGGACUAUGCCGAGAUCCAAGAAUACUCAAAGAAUUACGGAGGGCUGGAAGAUCCCUCUUACGCCAGCACUGGUCACUAUGACACGGUGGCCAGCAGUGGUACCCUAAAUAUGAACAGCAGACCCCAAAGUCCAAGAGAUAGCAAGCAGAUGGAAGCAUUGUAUGCUCAAGUAAAGAAACCGAGGAACGCGAAGCCUCCACCUGUAGACAGCAAUCGAUCAACUCCAAGCAAUCAUGACCGGAUACAGCGCCUUCGUCAGGAAUUCCAACAAGCCCGGCAUGAAGAUGAUGUGGAUGAACGCAGGCGUACAUAUAGUUUUGAACAACCUUGGCCAAACAACACAACGUAUAAUCAGAGCGGACGGCAUUCGGUGUCUGUGGAAGUACAGAUGCAAAGGCAGAGGCAGGAAGAGCGGGAGAGUUUUCAGCAAGCCCAACGCCAGUACAGUUCAUUACCCAGGCAAAGUAGAAAGAAUCCAAGUUCUGUGUCUCAAGAUUCGUGGGAGCAAGCUUAUGCUCCUGGAGAAGGUUUUCAGACUGCCAAGGAGAAUCCCAGGUAUUCCAGUUAUCAGGGAUCUCGGAACGGUUACAUGGGUGGACAUGGUUUCAAUGCCAGAGUUAUGAUGGAAGCUCAAGAACUUCUCAGACAGGAGCAGAGACGAAAGGAACAACAACUCAAAAAGAAAGUGCCCUCGGAUGCACCAAAUAAUUAUGACUCUUAUAAAAAGGUCUCUGAUCCUAAUUAUGCCCAGGCUAAAGGUCCUUUGCGCCAGGAUGUACCACCGUCUCCAUCUCAGGUAGCGCGACUCAACAGAUUACCACAAGAACAGGGCAGACCAUUUUACUCCUGAGGGACAAGGAACACUAAAUAAAACGGCAAUAACAGAUUUUUCAUGAAAGACUUUGUAUUAUUUUUUAAUUGGACGGUACUAUGGUGCAUAUCAUGUUUGUUUCAGUGCCUUUUGCAUUUUGGGCAACGUAACAGUGGACCUCUUCACUGACUUUGUUCUCUUGGACUGAAGUGAUAGGUACACAGAAGGAUGUUUCACGAUAAGACAAUCACAGGCGACAUUACGUCUGCCCCCUAGAAUCAUACCGUUCAGCUCAGUUUCAUGAAAUGUCAAGAGUCUGCCAUGCUGCGCUAAGUUUUAUUUUGCUAUGCAUUUUUUUUACUGACCUAAUAUAUUGUGGGAAAGGAAUGAGUUGGUUUGUACUCAAUGGUUUCUUUUACUUUUUUAUACUUAUGUUGGAUGGUUUACUAAAGUAUUAUUUCUGUGUUAUCAGACAACCCGUAAUUGCUCAUGUAAUCAUUGACACUACUUAUGUUGCGAUACUUUUUGUUUUUAAUCAUGGAUAAACCUAAUACUGUUAUAUUUUGAUGUAUUUAAUGUAUGUGAUAGUUUCACUGUCUUUAAUGCCUUUCAUCUCAGAGACAUGUGUGAAAAAAUGAUUGUUCGUUUCCACUAGAGGUGCAAUCCAUAUUUGAGACUAUUGCUCUAGAUCUAUUUAGGUGGGCACCAUGAAUUUCUCCACUUAUUGUAGCCUGGUAGUUCAUCUAGAUUCCACGACAUCUGAGAUGUCAAAGUGAAUACAAGUUUGGGACAUUCUCCCAACUCAAGAUCUUAACUGGAGCUUCUUAAUGUGGCUAUAGUAGAUAUUCUCCUGGCCUGCUUACUCUAAAGCACAAUAUCUGGGGGGUCUGUUCAGUUGCACCUGUCCUUGGGAUGAAUAUUUUUUUCUGCUGUGACCUGUAAUAUGUUGCUUGAGGAGUAUUCAUAAAAAUGAUGAAGUGGAUUAUUGCAUCACUUCAUGUAAGCCACCAAGUCAUCAUGAUUGGGAGCAAGCAAGCCAGGAAUAUCUUCAACCUACCCGCAUGAGGAACCCUAGGUAUGAUUUUGUGUUUUAAGGGGAUCACACCAAACCUGUACAAGACCGUUUUCUGUUUUACCUAUUAAUUAAGCUACUUGUUUUAAUUAAAUUGAGUGGCUGCAUUCUCACUGAAUCUACAAAAUGGCCGCCCUUGCAGUAUGCAAGCCCUUUACUGUCCAAACAGAUUGAGAGAAAGGUUUGAAUAAGAACAAAGGAAAAAAAAAAAGGAAAAAAAUAUUAAUAGUGUAACAUUGCACCAAGGGUAUGUAGACAAUGCUGUCUUGUGCUUCCAUAUGCCCUGUGUAAUGUGUUGACAGUGUGUGAAUGAAAGGAGAAUGGAGAAAACUGUUACAUGGGGAUCUGAAUCUUGCCAGAAACACACAAUGAAGCUUAAAACCUUGGCUAAUAUUAAUGACAUAGAUAUCAGAUUUUAUAGUAACGCUGAAGUGUUAAGCAAUGAGCAUUCCCUUGUUAUAGGGAGUUACUGCUCAUAUACUCGAUAAGCUGCCACGUACUAUCAUCUUUGUACUGCCCCAAGCUCUUCUAAAGAUGCUGGCGACACAGUUCUAGAAGUUGUGCAGAAAAGUAAUAAAUCAUACAUAUUCCAUAUAUCCCCAUAAUCAUGCAUAUUCUUUAUAUCGGUCAGUUACCUCUUUCACUCGUUAUUCCACUUUUUAUUCCUUUGUUGAUUAAACCACCAUUCAUGAACAGUGGUGGCUGGUUCUUUUAGCCGCUAUCAACCCAGAUUCUCCUAUUUACAUGGUUGGCUUUGCUAACUGUGCUACCAUGACUGGUGCUUUGUUUCAUCAGGUGGGGGAGAAUAUUUUUGACAGCUUCCCAUCCCAAAAUAGGAUCAGUCAAGAACCACCUCAAUGACAUGUUGUUGUUUGUAUAGGGUAAGCUGUCCACAAACUGAGCGUCAGGCUGUGUAUGGAAAGAUAUCAUCUUCUGAUGACCCAAAGUACUUUUUUUUAUCAAAGUGUUUUUCUUGCUAACCUGAUCCUCCCUUAUUUAAAGACAUCUGAGAUCUGAAAAUAGAAUCUUCAGACGGCCAUACACGUGAACAAAAGGUUUGCCAAGCUUGUCCUACGCCAAUGUUUCACAGACACAGUCCUUUUUCCUCCAGAGAUAAGACACUGCAAGAAGGUUCUGGCGGCUGCUUGUUUCCCUCUUCUCACUCAAAGCAGGUGCCUGAUUGGAGGAGCCCAGUGUGUAUAUUUAUGGGGGCACAGCGGCUGGCCACAGAAGUAUUCAGCUGGCAACUAUCUUAAAGGGUCACUGAGUUGUCAUAAAACUUUUUGAUUGGUCAUAGAAACAUAUUAUGGAUGAACAAAUCAAUUUGUUCAUCUUAACAAAUUCUCUGUCUGUGAAGGAUACACAUCUCGCAAGGCCAUUUUAAUCUUGCCAUAUCAAGGCCACGUGAGAUAUGUGGCCAUGGUAAUCUGCCAGCAGAGGGAGUGUCUACAUCUGUGGGAAUGCUCCCUCACAAGUGUUCAUUUGUUUAGAUGAAAUAAUUGAUUAGUACGAAUCAAUUCUCUCAUCCCUAUGACAUAUCAGAAAAUUUUGAUGGAGGGGGUCUGAAUACUGAGAAUCUAACUGAUUGCUAUGAUAAGGAGAGAGAAGCUUUCACGUAUCGCUUUCUCCUCGUUGCAGGGGACGGAAUCAAGACAGGCAGAGAAAGAGAGCAUAAUAUGCGACUGUUUCUCCUCGUUCUAGUGUUUCGUGGGAGUCUCAGCACUCAAAACCUUCCAGUCAAAACCUUUUUCUCUAUGGCAUAUCAAAAGUUUUAUGAAAACUCAGUGACCCUUUAAGUGUAUGGCCGCUUCUUUCAUCAAGACAUCUUUCCAUGUAUGGUUGGCUUUAACCACAUCUUCUCAUGGGCACUCUCCUACUUCUGUUACUGCCAAUCUCUCCUAUAUUUUGGGUAUUUCUUUGCUCUGUCCCUCAGCUUUUUUUCUAGACCUUCUUGAUGGCUUUGUCUUCUACAAAAUCACCCUUCCUUCUGCCUCAGAUCCCCCACUACAACCACUAUUCAAAGUGAUUUCUUAUCACCCUUCGAAGGAAUUACAAAUAUUGAUUUCUUAGCUUUUUAGAAUAACCUCCAUUCCUCAUCUUGCCAUAGUUAAGUCAUCCAGUACCGAUGGUACAUUAUCUUCCAUGCCAUAAUGGUGAAAUGCUUCAUGUGGUUCUGCCAAUACUUCACUUGGAGAAAUUUUAACCUGUGGGCAUUGUACAUUGGAUGCACAUAACCACAAAGAUCUGAGCAAGGUUUGUGCUCUUCAUAUCACCACAAAUGAUCUUUCCAGGCACACUGUGACUAUCUUAUGUUCAAAGAGAUAUGCUAUAAACCACUGUUGUAGGCUGGACGAUCUCUUAUAAUUAUGGAUAGCAGUGAAUGUGUAUAAAGACGGGUAUAUGUGAUCAGCAAGUGACAAUGCUAAAUUGUUACCUAGACAUACAGUAUCUGGCUAUGGCUGCCCAGGAGUUUUCCAUAGUCACCAGAUAACUGGCAUCUGAAGCUGGAAUCCAAUUGUGUCUAUGGACAAUUGUUCGGCUGUUUCUCUGCACUAGUUUAUAUGCAUAAGAUCCACUGUAAUGUUAUUUCCCAUCGUGGCUACUCAUUUCUAUGUGAAACUUUAAGGGAGUCAUGUCUUUCUGUCAAUCUACUUCACAGGCAAUCUGUUACAUAAAAUGUUCUGUGUAUACCACUUGCGAAAGUGCCUAUAAAUCCUCUUCUGAAUAAGGAUACCAAGCUGAAAAUAUCAUGUUAAAAAUGGGGGAGGGGGGGGGGUGAGAAAAAAUACAAAAAAUAAAUAAAAA